AUGCGUGAAAUCGUCCAUCUCCAGACCGGCCAAUGCGGUAACCAAAUCGGUGCUGCCUUCUGGCAAACCAUCUCAGGCGAGCAUGGCUUGGAUGGCUCCGGCGUCUACAAUGGCAGCUCGGACCUCCAGCUCGAGCGUAUGAACGUUUACUUCAACGAGGCCUCUGGCAACAAGUAUGUUCCUCGUGCUGUCCUCGUCGAUUUGGAACCGGGCACCAUGGAUGCCGUCCGUGCCGGCCCCUUCGGUCAACUCUUCCGCCCCGAUAACUUCGUCUUCGGUCAAUCAGGUGCUGGUAACAACUGGGCAAAGGGCCAUUACACUGAGGGUGCUGAGCUUGUCGACCAAGUUCUUGAUGUUGUCCGCCGUGAGGCCGAAGGAUGUGACUGCCUUCAGGGUUUCCAAAUCACCCACUCCCUCGGUGGUGGAACUGGUGCCGGUAUGGGUACGCUUUUGAUCUCCAAGAUCCGCGAGGAGUUCCCCGACCGCAUGAUGGCCACCUUCUCUGUUAUGCCAUCCCCCAAGGUCUCGGAUACCGUUGUCGAGCCCUACAAUGCCACCCUUUCCAUUCAUCAGUUGGUUGAGAACUCUGACGAGACCUUCUGUAUCGACAACGAGGCUCUGUACGACAUUUGCAUGAGAACCCUCAAGCUCUCCACCCCUUCAUACGGAGAUCUUAACCACUUGGUAUCUGCUGUUAUGUCUGGUGUCACCACCUGCUUCCGUUUCCCCGGCCAGCUCAACUCCGAUCUCCGAAAACUUGCCGUCAACAUGGUGCCGUUCCCUCGUCUCCAUUUCUUCAUGGUCGGCUUCGCUCCUCUUACCAGCCGUGGCGCUCACUCUUUCCGUGCCGUCACUGUUCCAGAGUUGACCCAGCAGAUGUUCGACCCAAAGAACAUGAUGGCCGCAUCUGAUUUCCGCAAUGGUCGUUAUCUCACUUGCUCUGCUAUCUUCCGUGGUAAGGUCUCCAUGAAGGAGGUCGAGGACCAGAUGCGCAACGUUCAGAACAAGAACUCCUCAUACUUUGUUGAGUGGAUCCCCAACAACGUGCAAACCGCCCUCUGCUCCAUCCCGCCCCGUGGCCUCAAGAUGUCUUCCACCUUCGUUGGUAACUCUACUUCCAUCCAAGAGCUCUUCAAGCGUGUUGGAGACCAGUUCACUGCUAUGUUCAGGCGAAAGGCUUUCUUGCAUUGGUAUACUGGUGAGGGUAUGGACGAGAUGGAGUUCACUGAGGCUGAGUCCAACAUGAACGAUUUGGUUUCCGAGUACCAGCAAUACCAGGACGCCUCUAUCUCCGAGGGCGAGGAGGAGUACGAGGAGGAGGCUCCAUUGGAGCCAGAAGAGUAA